AUGCGGCAGCCCACGUUGGGUGCGAACGAUAAUGUAUUGUCAAUGGUGGCCCAGAAAUUUGUGGAUCUCAAUGAGCCAUUAAACCCCGAGGCCAAGCCCACGUUGGCGAAGUCCAGCUUGACUCCAGAGUACGCGGAAGCUUCUCUUAUUCUUCAUGGUGACUAUUAUCGUCAGCUUCAAGGAUCAUGUAAUCGGUACAUUUUUUGGCACCCAAUUUCAAUGUCAAUAUGGGUGGUUGGUUUGGUAGCUGCUGCCGCCUAUUUUCUUCGAGACUACUAUGCCAUUUCGAAUGGACUUCUAGAUUUUUUCGCUCAGUUCGUUGCUCGCUCCGAUAUGAAAUUCGAGUUGAUUUACCUCUUACCAUGUACGGUUUUGAUAUUUGCCUUCAUAGGAUUGAGUGCCCAUCUCUUGUCGGACGACUUGCGUGAUAUUGCGGACAAGCUCGACCAGCCGGAUCGGAUCGAGGAAUUGUACGGGUUUGACUUGAGAAAAUUCGCCAAAGAGGACCCCAACCUGAGAUUGUCACCCAAGCAGAAAGCCCUCCUCCAGAAUGGUGAAAAUACUCACUUGAUUGUGUACAGAAACUCCCCCAUCGCUGUGAUUACUUUGAAGCCGUUGUUAGACAACUCCACUGAAGCCAAUUACUUUGUACGAAUCACUGGUCUUCACGUUAGAAAGGUGUUCGUCAAGGCUGAUUUCCACACCCUUUUAAUCGACUGGGCCCUCUUGAGAUCCAGACAACUUUUCCACGAGUACCUGAAAAAGAAGCUGGACGUCGACUCGUGCAAGAUCAACAUCUUGGUCGACGCCUACUCGUUCGACAAGACGUAUAUUAAGUUUCUUCAAUCUCGGUCUUUUGGCCGGGUUUCUUCGUCAACUUUGUUAGACAAAUCCAAGAAGGGAUCCAAUCUCAUCCAGUCACUUAACAAGCUUCUUGGAAUCACCAGAGAUACGUUCGGUGUGACUAUCAUUGCCAAGAACGGCGACGAGGACCCAUUGUUGAAUGCAAUCAAGACUGUACCAUACUAUAAGUCUUCUCAACCAAACCAAGUGAGAAAGCGUAAAUAA